AUGGCCGCUCAGCAGUAUACCAUUUCCUCUGAUCUGAGAGAAAACAAACCCAUCUUACCUCGAACUUUGCGCAGGCAUGAGAACGGAUGGGAUUCGACUAUGUUUAACACAAACUUGGUCGCCUUUCAUGUUCCCAGCGAGAGGCCACCGCACUGGGUGCACGUCCCCGUUAUCCAUUUCAACGUUGACGACGGCAAGACGAUGGUACUCUGGCGUCAGUUCUGGGAAGAUAGAGCGGAGACCGCAUUCGUGACAUUGCCCAACGGACGCAAAUACCUCGUUGUGACCCCGUAUGAUUGCACCCCUUACCAGAACUCCGAACACAUGGAAUAUGGUGUGAGCGUUUCUUGGCGCGGAGAGAUGUUGGUUUUCGCAUGUGGUGUUCACAACGGACUACUCGUGAAUAUGCGAACCUGGCAGGAGGAAAGGCGCCGAGCUUGGGAGGUCGUCCGCCGAUUCCUCGCUGGAGAUGUCGACGGUCUGACAGUAGAAUCAGACUGGGAAGCGCGGUCACUUGCAUCGGAGGCCGACUCGACCACCCUAGUCGAACUCGAAGGAGACUCCUACUACCCCAGUUCGGAACAUGGCGAGGACGGUUAUGUGAACAAUACUUAG